AUGGCUCCCAAGAGGGCGCUGUUCGUGGCGGUCGGCGAUGGCGGUGCGCCGCCGCCUCCAGAGAAGCGCCAGCGGGCGGGAGCGGGACCGGCUCCCAGCAGGAGCAGCCCCGAGCUGCCGCUGCCGUCGCCACCUCCGUCGCCGAAGCACUUCCUCGCCAUCGUCCUCGUCGUCCUCUUCUUGAAACGACCGAAGGGUCGGAGCACGGACAGGGUCCCCAUCUCCCUCUCGCAGAUCGGUCGCGUGGUUCGGGACCAGAUUUGUCGUUUCACCAAUCCCAUGUUUAGCAAACUGGAAAAACUACUAGAAACCAAACUGGAAAGAAUCGAGGAGCGGAUUCAGGAUCUCACCGACAAAGUGGAUAAUAUAACACGGCCCUCUCCUAACCUCCUCAAUGAUGAGCAAUUCACACAAGAGGAAAACCAGGAAGGCACCAGUGCUGAACCUGCAGGAUUGGCCACUGCUGAAGGCCAGAGCGAAACCACGAGCAUUCAGCUGCGCUUCCUCAAUGGACUGAAGACUCCUGUUUACCAUGACGAUGAGAUAAAAUCUGAGAGCAAUACAGCCAUUAAGGUUGGCAUAUUUAAUGGGGACAAGAUGAUCGAAUCGGGCGGGCUUUCAAACCUGCAAAUUGAGAUCUUCGCCCUUGAGGGUGACUUUCCUCAUGCUUCCCCAAAGAGUUGGACUCCUAAAAAGUUCAAUAAACAUAGAGCCAAUUCUCGGGAUGGAAACGGAAAUGUAUUGGGAGGUGAAGGAACAAAAGCCCAGCUUAAGAAUGGACAGUGCGAUCUUGGUAGCAUCAAAUUCACAGAAGGGUCGUGCAAGGCUCGCGGCGGGAAGUUCAUCAUUGGGGCAAGAGUUUGUGAGGGUGAGGUAUCUGGUGUCCAGGUUCAACAAGCCGUCAUGAACCCUGUGGUUGUGCAGGAUCGCAGAAACAAAUCAAAUGAAAAGAGUCAUCCUCCAAAACUAAAUGAUAGCGUGCAUCGUUUGGAGGAGAUUGCCAAAGUUUACGCAGAAAGGCUGGAGAAGGAGAACAUCUUUACUGUGGAAGACUUUUUAAAGGCUUUAAAUAAGGACCCUCGUAACCUUGCCAAAAUUCUCAGGGUAAACAUGGAACGCAAGCCCUGGAAGAAAAUGACAAAGCAUGCUAGAGAGUGCUCUCUCGGAGGCAGGCACAAGCUGAAACUACUUUUUUGCACAGAGAAAAACGUGAAGCUUUUCUUCAAUUGUGUGCACUGUCUUGUAGGGGCAGAAUUUUUUGGUGGUCCUUACACUCUGACAGAUAACUUUAGUUUUGCUCAACAGGAGUUAGUGGACCAGCUGAAAAAGGGGGCUUAUGCUAAACUGGAUAAGCUUCCCGAGGAUCAUGUAAUGACAGACAACUCUCCUAACCCAAUUCAUGUGGAUAAAUAUACUAGUAUUGGUGCUGGUCCAUCCUAUAUGCCAAUUGAACAGCCAAACUGUUCUGUUCGCCUCGCAUCUGUUCAUGGUACAGCAGCAGCUGAAAGAUUGAGCCAAGAUCGGAUUGAGUCAUCUUGUCUGAAUGCAUACAAUGACCCAGUUCCCAGAUCCUUCAUUCCUGAUCACCCCAGCAUGCAUAACUAUCAAGGUGGGCGUGUUCCAGUUCUACCAUUUGAAGGCUUUAGCCAUGAUGAUCACCACAAUGAGUUAUUAUCUGCAAAUGCAAACAGUAAUGAUCCUGGCCCUAGUUCCUCCACUGCUGAUCACUUCUUGACAUAUAACUACCGAGACAUAGCAGAUCAAGGGAACCUACUUUCUGUUCAGGAGCAGUUCUCAGCUUUCGUUAAUGCUGCCCCGUGUCAAAACCCCCUUGGAGGCGCGAGUAAUAUGAGUCAAUUUGUCUCCCCCGAAGACGCCGAAUUGGCAUUCCAGCACGAAGCAGACAUUAACAACUACGUGACACCAGGUUUAGAUCAUGUAGAAAUAAUCCAGAGUCAGCCCUUCUUGUUAAGCAAUGGCACCUUAUAUGGACUAACUUCUGGCCACAUCAAUAUGGCAUUACCACCACAGCAACCUAUAAUCCCUGGUACCCCAAGAUCUGGUCAAGGGAGCACACAGAGCCAGAUGCAAGCUCCCUUGGCCCCCACCAAUGACGCCUCAGUGGCAUCUGCUUCUGCUCAGCAGGCCCUUCCACCACAACAGUGUUAUCCCUGGGACGGAUCAUGGUGA